UUACAUAACUGAGAGUAUUUACAUUAUUUACUGUAACCAUAAUCAUUCAUCGUAAAGCUGCAAAACGUUUGUUUUUUCCCAUAUCUGCCUCCUAUUGCUGUAAGGUAGUAAGGAAUAUUCUCUUCACCUGAUGGAGUUUCUAAAAGCUGAAGAUGAACAGCUAAAGAAGAUGGUGACCGCGUGCUUUACAGGAAACCCACGGUGUGGACAGAUGUGUCAGUGGUGCUGAUGCUGCAGGGAGGGGCGUGACGUCACGGGACAGACCGUGGUGAGGAGGCGAAUGGAGAGAAGAGGGGGAAGGAGGAGAAGGGACGCAGGAGCAGCGAGGGGGGGAUGAUUGCAUCAAAGGAAAAUAAAAAGAAAUUAUGACCCUUUAGUUAAUUUUUCCCCUCGAACACCAUCACCCCCCCCCCCCCACCCCCCGAGCUUUCCUUCCCAUUGAGCUGCAAUAAAUGACGUCCCGCCUCCUGAAGUGUGAUCUAGCUUGAGAGAUAUGUCAUCUCCAGGCAUGGGCACCCCCAGUGACCCUCUUCUGGCCAGUCCAGAGGGGAGGUCAUCCACAGCUCAGGAAGGCACAUGGAGGAGCUCCUUACCCAAAACCGCCAGCUUCCCAACAUCUACCACCCGACACCUCAGCCACAGAGCCAACAACUUCCAAAGACAACCAAAGCGUAGGAAGCUGAUACGACCUUCACCGCCUCCCCCUCCCAACACACCCUGCCCCCUGGACCAGCUGGACCUCAGCGAGCUUCCCCCACGAAGGACCUUUCAAGAGUUGCUAUUCAACGGCUGCAUCCUGUUUGGUAUUGAAUUUAGCUAUGCCAUGGAAACAGCUUAUGUGACUCCCGUCCUUCUACAGAUGGGCCUACCGGAUCAAUUCUACAGCUUAGUGUGGUUCAUUAGUCCCAUUCUAGGAUUUCUGGUUCAGCCUCUCCUUGGAGCAUGGAGUGACCGUUGUACUUCUCGGUUUGGAAGGAGACGACCUUUUAUUUUUGCUUUGGCUGUUGGGGCUCUGUUUGGUCUGACUCUACUAUUAAAUGGGCGUGACAUCGGGGGUGCUCUGGCGGACACAGCAUCAAAUCACAAGUGGGGCAUUGUGCUAACAGUUUGCGGCGUUGUUCUAAUGGACUUUAGCGCGGAUUCAGCUGACAACCCAAGCCACGCCUACAUGAUGGACGUAUGCAGCCCAGAGGACCAGGAUCGGGGCCUGAACAUUCACGCAUUACUUGCAGGACUAGGAGGAGGAUUUGGCUACAUUGUGGGGGGAAUCAACUGGGACCAAACACAGUUUGGAAGGUCGAUGGGAGGUCAGCUGCGGGUCAUAUACUUGUUUACAAGUAUCACUUUGGUAAUUGCUACAGCCAUGACUUUAACAAGCAUCCCUGAGAGGACUCUACCAAAGAGCCAGAUGAGCAAAAACUCUGGCAAAAAUCAUCUGAAGAGCCCCAGCCUCCCUCUUCCUCCCUCUCCUCCUGUUCCCCCUGGAGCUACUCAUGGACUGGAUCAGGAAGACGAGGAAGGUCUUUACAACUACACUUUUUCAAAGUCUCACACCGGCAAUCCAGACGCCAUGGCUCAUUCUUGCAGUGCUAAUGCACGUCUUUGCGCUGGCCUCACAAGCCCCAUAUCCCCCAUGAGUCCGCUUACUCCAAAAUACGGCAGCUUUAUAAGCAGGGACACCUCGCUUACUGGCAUUAACGAGUUUGCCUCCUCAUUAGGAACAUCCUACAUAGACAGUGUACUCAUAGACUGCUACACAGGCCAGCAGACUCCACAGGCCCUGGCCCCAAACUCCACCACUGUGCCUCUGCCUCCAGGGGACUCCCCAGCUCCUGACAGGUCCGUACAGGUAGCAGAGCAUCCUCCUGCAGUCCAGGCUGAUGGAGUCUCUCCAUCGCAUGCUCAGGAUGCAGAAGAGCCUCAGCCUGAUGGGGAUGCGCAGACUCACUGUGCACCUCAGCCUGCAGACGGGGAUCAGUCUAGUGCAGGAUUACACCGAGGUUCCACUGCGAGCAUCCUGAAGCGACCUCAGAGUCUUGCACUGAUGGAGGAGCCCAUGGCAACCCAAGUCGUCGGUCUGGAGAAUGGACGGAGGAGGACUGUCACUUUCAGUCAACAGGUUGCAAACAUUUUGCUGAACGGAGUGCGCUACGAAAGUGAUUUGAGUGAGAAUGUGGAGACAGGGGAAUCCCAAAUGUCAAUGAAGCUACUGUGUAUAGCCAUCUACAGGAUGCCUCCCUCUCUGCGGAGUUUAUGCACCAAUCACUUUUUAGGCUGGCUGUCUUUUGAGGGCAUGCUUCUCUUCUAUACCGACUUCAUGGGGGAGGUUGUGUUUGAAGGAGAUCCCAAAGCACCCCACGACUCUGAGGCUUACCAACGCUACAACGCUGGGGUCAGCAUGGGUUGCUGGGGUAUGUGCAUCUAUGCAUUCAGUGCUGCAUUCUACUCAGCCAUAUUGGAGAAAUUAGAGGAGCGUUUCUCGCUUCGCACUCUAUAUUUCUUUGCCUACCUUGCAUUUGGUUUAGGCACAGGCCUCGCAACGCUGUCCACCAACCUCUACAUUGUACUUUCGCUCUGUGUCACCUACGGGGUGCUCUUCUCCUCUCUAUGUACGCUGCCUUACUCUCUGCUGUGUGAAUACUACCAGAGUCCUCAGUUUUGCGGCUCAUCAGAAGAAGGGACCAGACGAGGGAUGGGGGUGGACAUUUCUCUGCUCAGCUGCCAGUACUUCCUGGCUCAGAUCCUGGUCUCUGUGGCAAUGGGACCUCUGACUUCACUGGUGGGAGGGGCUCAGGGAGUGAUGUACUUUGCAAGCCUGAUGUCAUUCGUGGGCUGCCUGUACUCCUCUCUCUGCGUGGUGUACCAGCUGCCCCCCCCUGAGGGUGAGCCCCCCGAAAGCGAGACCCAGCCACUGUUGGUGCACACUUAGCAAAAGCCUUCUUUAUUCACACAACCUCACACACGCACACACAUGCUAAAGCUAACCGCACUGGAAUUACUGCAUGUGUCACACUGAUGAGCCCUGCUCCUCUCAGAGUCACAAACAGACAGACAGGCAUUGGCCGCCACUAUAGUGUAUGUAAAUACCACCAAUUUGUUCAUACAGCGUGUGUGGACCCAUGCUUUUUCCCUUAACUUUUGCAAAUGAUUGUGGGGCUUUUUUGUGUGUCUGAUUGUGUACAGUCCUGUUGUGUCUUGCUUUGGUCCCGAACAGCUUGAGUCGUUUAGUUCUUUGCAGCCAAAUCUUCAUUAUUUCCCUGCUUUUUUUAGUUUGAUGUUUUGAGCAUUUAUAACUUGUGUGUAAGCUAACCACAGCUUUCCUCUCUUUUUCUCCCUUCAAUCAGUUGCCUGAUAGUUGCAUGCGCUGCAGUACAGCGUGAUGUCACACAGCCUCUGUUUUAGGGACACAGAGCCAAAUGAAUGUCUACCUGCCUGUUUCUCUGAGUUAGCAUUUUAGCAUGGCACUCACAGCAGGAAUCAUAAUAAUGGUGCGGCCACAUAUUUCGUACACUUUCUCUUCAUUUAUUUUUAGCAACUCCAGUUGGUAUAUUUUAGCUUUUCACAGUAGAAAAAGAGUUCAUAUUUCACACAUUUUAACAGGAAAACACAAUCUUUGCAGAUCUCACUAUGCCGUGUGUGAUCUAGGCACUUUGCAAAGCCAUUUAUUUUGGGGGAGAAAAAAGAAAAAAAAACUAAAAUGUGUCCCGAGGGCAAAUUCCCAAAGCAAAAUCCUGCCGAAGCCACACGCAGCUCUGUGUGCCGUCAUCCUCCUCUCUGCCACUCCAUUGUAAAAUUGACAGUGAUUCUUGUCAUUGUCAGGAAGAGAAGUUGAAACUGGGGUGUGAAUCAGCAUUCACUCGGAAACCGGGCAAGAACAGCAAAGAGAAGACUCGUGAACUGUGGGUCACCCUGAAGAUGGACAUCCUAAAAACAAAAA